UAAAUAGAGUAUGUUUAGUUACUGUGUAACAAAAGUAGUUUCUUGAAGAGGAUGCAUGGAAAAAUAUAUAUCUUAGCCACUGUAUAGAGGACCAUACUUUGUGUACAAAAAAAUUACUUUUAACUGCACCAAAAAUGGAUGAAUUCUCGCAAAAUAUCGAAGACAUUGAAUAUUUACUCAAGAACCGUUCAAAUAAAAAACCCCUAGCACUGUAUGCUGGCAGUGAACAUAAAAAUAAACACGGUAGUAAUGCCGAAAGUAGUAAAUUAAGUGCCAAAGAAGUGUUAGCAAAUGUGUCAAGGCAAGUAAAAGCAAUGCAGAACGCUGACUCAAUGGGCUCCAAGCGUGUCAGUAAUACAAUUAAUAAGUUCAAGAAGAGAGAGUUCGUUCCUGUUAACAUGAUACCCGUUUCUAAUGAGGUACCCCUAAAACUAAAGCUCCCUACAAAGUUUGAAACUCAAUGUGUCUCUGACACACAAUUGAUUAAUGUUAUAGAAAAUGCUGAAAUCAUUGACACACAUAGAGGUGUCACUCAGGAAUUUGACAAAACAUUUUGUCAGAAAAGUGACAAUGACAGUGAUGAUAAAUCUGAUGAUGGCAGUUUAAAAUCUAAAACAAUAGAAAGCACAGAUAAAUGUGAAAGAGAUGUUACUGUUAGUAAAGAUAAAAUUGAUAAUAAUAAUGAACUUUGUGAGAUAGAUACUCAAGACAGUCAAAUGUUUAAGGAUUCUGAUCUUACUUGUGCUAUGGAUACUAUUACAUGUUGUGAAGAUGAUGUGCCAAUUGAUGUAAAUGAUGAUGUUAAUUUAAAUAACAGUCAAGAAACCCAAGGCUUUAAUGAAUGUGUUGAAAUAUUUGAUACUGAAAUUGAAACAGAAAGGUCUUCAAGUCCUGUAUUGAACACUUUUAAACGAAAUGCUACACCACCAUUAGUUGUUGACUUGUACACUUUUGAAAAAUUUGAAGACUUAGCAGUUCCCAUUAUAGAAGAGCAUGGAGACCUUAAAUUAGCUAAAAAUAUGAUAAAUUCCCAAAUUUUAGGAAGAGAAAUAUGUAUUCCUAAUCAUUUUAAUGAAAAAAUUGGCAGAGAUAGUCCAGUUUUAAGUAAAAUUGAAUGUAUAACUACAAAUAUUAAUAAAGAAGAAGUUGAAAAGAUAUGUUCAUGUAGUAAUAAAUGUGUAGAUGAUGAAGAUGUUAAUUUGGGUACUAGUAACAAGAAGACAGAGUCAGAAAAUAAAACAGAACUGAAGGAUGAGAUCCUAUUUAGUAGUGAUGAGGAAUAUGAAUAUCUACACAAGAAUGUCCAAGAAUUGCCAUUGACAUGUGCUUUAGAAACAUCAUUUUAUGAUAGAUCUGAUGUAUUAGAUAAAACUAUGUAUGUAGGAUUUCAAACUGCUAGUAAUAAAUCUAUUCAAAUUAAUACAGAUUCAUUCACCAAAGCUAAAAGCAUAUUAAGUGAUAUUGGUAAUGAAGAAACAGGAAAGUCUUUGAGUGAAUUAGUAGAAAUAUUUGACACUGGUAAGAUUGUAAGCACAGAUGAAGAAACUACUAAUCAUACUCCUAACACAGUUGUAGAAGAUGAAAACAAAGAAAAAGCAACCCCAUUUACAAUCACUACUGAUCUUAAGAAAAGCAGAGAUGACACCUCAGUUUUAUUUUUAACAUCAUUAGAAGAAGAGGAAGUUAAAGAUGAUAUUGUCAUGAGUCAAAUUAUACCAUGCAAGAGUUUAUCUAGAUGCAGUCAAAUAAAUAACAGUGUUAUUCCUGACAGAAAAACGAGUGCUUCAGUAAACUCAACCGCAUUAGAACUAAACAAAGAUAUUGAUGAUGAUACCAUCAUGAGUCAAGUCAUACAAUUUAAAAGUAUACCAAGAACACCUAAUGUGCAUAAUAUAAGUACUACAAAUGUUAGUCAUGAAACUUUACAUCUAAAUGCAGGUAUCACAAAACGAAAAUUUGAAGGAUUUAAAACAGCUAGUAAUAAAAAGAUCAAACUAUCAGAUAAAGCAUUAGCUCGAUGUAAUAAAGUAUUUCAAGAUAUUGAUUUAGGAGACCCAGACCCAUAUGUAAGUUGUGAUUCUAAUAUUGUUGAGACAGAAGAAAAAGAAGAUAAUUUUCUUGAUGAUCUCAAGUCUCAAGAUUUUAAUGUUUCUUAUGAUGACGACAUAAAAACGAUCUCUGAAAAAGAUCAUGUUGUUUCUGCUACAAAAAUGAAUCCGGAGGUACAUGAUAGUGAUUCAAAAUCAGAGUUAAGAAUUAAAGAAGACCAGUCUGAAGUGAAUGAUGUGGAUUUGCAAAUAAACGAUAACAUUUUAUUACAAGAGUUUGAAGACAAUGAAAUGCCCUUAGAAAAUAAUAACAACUCCUUUUUAGGGCUUAAAACUGCUAGUAAUAGAAACAUAGGUGUUUUUGCUGACUCUGUGGCCCCUACAGCAAAUGAUUGUAACAAUGCUAUAAAAAAUGCUAGAAAUAUAAGUGAAGAUAAAAAUGAGCAUAUAUUCAAAAAACCUGCAGAUAUCAGUAAAUCGGCUACGUCGCAAACAAAAUCACCUGUAGAAAUUUUAAAGAUAAUCAAUAAUAACGACCAAGAAAGAAGUAACAGUGAAAAGCAUUUAUCUAACGAAUUCAUCGGAUUUAAAACAGCUUCCCAUAAAGAAAUUAUUGUAUCAAAACAAGCUAUGGAAAAAACUAAAGCUAUCUUUAAAGACAUUGAUGAAGAAGUAGUAAAUCAUACAGAAAACGAUACUUUAAAUACCGAGAAGAAGCAAAUCAAUAACUUAACAGACGAUUUCAACUGCGGCAUAGAUACGCAAGAUUUUCUCGCAGAAGAAUUGACACAUAUUGAAGAAUUAUUCAAAGAUAAUAUUAUAGAGAAACAAAAGUCUACUAGUCCCAUAUUUCAAGGUUUUCAGACAGCAAAUAAGAAACCCAUUGUCAUUUCUGAAAAAGCUUUAGAAAAGAGCAAAAAACUAUUAGAAGAUAUCACUAAUAAAGAACUCGAUGUUAAAUGUAAUACCAUUGGAAACAAUUCUGAUACUACAAGUACUAAUUAUGCUAACAAAAACCAAAUACCAGUUUUUACAGGCUUUCACACCGCUAGCAACAAAAAAGUUGUGGUUUCAAAAAAAGGUAUAGAAGCAAGCAAAACUUUCUUUCAAGACAUAGUGUUGUCUCAACAAGAAAACGAAGGACACAGUGAAGGAGUAACUGAAGUUCCCAGAAAUAAAAUUGAAAACUUAACUUCUAAAGUACCAGUUUCUGAUAUUGAAGUAAUUGCAAUAACAGAAAUAACUUCACAGAACCGAACAAAUACUGGUGGUUCAACAAGCACAGAUGCAGAACCUCCUUUUGUCGGAUUUCGAACAGCUAGUGCUAAACCUAUAAACAUAUCAGCUAAUGCUCUGAAGACAACGAAAAAGUUACUCAAUGAAUUUCAUCUUGAUGGUGACAUAAUGUUCAAAGAAAUCUGCGACCAAAGAGAUGAACCUAGUGGAUUUAUUGGUUUUCAAACAGCAAGCAAUAAGAAAAUUACAAUAUCAGACAAAGCUUUGGCUAAAAGUAAACAAAUGCUAAACGAAUUUCAAUUGAAAGACGAUAUUAAGAAUGACAAUAGUGAUCAUAUCAAGAAUAUACAAGACAACUCGUCGGAAAAUACUAGCAAAAAUCACGGAGUAAAUGACAGAGCUGAGGAUUCGAAUACAAACAUAUCUAGUAAAUUUAUUGGUUUCCAAACAGCCAGUAAUAAAAAAGUAAACAUUUCAAAAGAAGCUUUAGCUAAAAGCAAACAAAUGUUUCAGAACAUUGGUGACAAGGAAUGUGAUGUUGAAAAAUAUUCUCGAUCCGACGAAAAUACUAGUCGUACUGGACUAGGAUUUAAAACGGCUAGCAACAAGACAGUUAAUAUUUCAGAAAAAGAUUUGGAAAUAAGCAAACGAAUUUUUGAUGAUACAAAUGAUCUUACUAAAACAGAUAAAGGUACUCCGGUGUUCAAAGGCUUCCAAACUGCGAGUAAUAAGAUGGUAAAAAUAUCAGAAAAAGCGCUGGCUAAAAGUAAAAAAAUGUUUGAAGAUUUGAAUUUGAGUCAACUAAAUAAAGAUCCAACAUCAGUUUUAGACAAGCCUGUAAACAAUGUCGACAGCUCCCAGAUAAGUAACAACAGAACAGAAGUUUCAGAACAAUCAGUAGCAAUAACCAAAAGAAUUAUCAAAAAUGUAAAUCACGAAGAAAAAAAUCUUGCAAAAAAUGCUAUUACAGGUUUUAAAGGAUUUCAAACCGCAAGCAAUAAGAAAGUACAAAUUUCAGAAGAAGCACUAUCAAAAAGCAAAAGGUUAUUUGAAGACAUAAAUUUGAGUCAGGUGGGUAAAGAUGCAAACAUUACAGAAAAUGUACCUAAAAACAAUUUUGUAGGCUUUCAAACACAUAACAACAAAAUGGUUGAAGUAUCAGAAAAAGCAUUACCCACUACUAAAAUUAUAUUCAAAUCACAAGUUGAAAAAUCUAAUGAUGAUAUCAAAGAAGACACUCCAAUUUUUAAAGGGUUUCAAACAGCAAGCAAUAAAAAAGUAGAAGUAUCUGAAAAAGCGUUAGCAAAAAGCAAACGGUUGUUCGAAGAUAUGAAUUUAAGUCAGCUGGAUAAAGAUACAAAAACAACAGAUAUACAUGAAAACAAAUUUGUAGGUUUUCAGACCGCUAAUAAUAGAGUCAAAGCUUCAGAACAAGCAAUAGCAAAAACUAAAGACAUGUUCAAAGACGUACUUGAAACAGAGGAAGAAAAUGUUACGAAAGAUACUGCUCCAGUUUUUAAAGGAUUCCAAACAGCAAAUCAUAAAAAAGUGGAAAUAUCAGAAGCGGCGCUAGCUAGAAGUAAGAGACUUUUUGAAGAUUUAAAUUUAAGCCAGCUAGAUAAAGAUUCAAGAUCAACACGUGAAAACAAUUUUGGAGGCUUCCAAACUGCUAAUGAUAAAAAAGUUACUGUAUCAGCUCAAGCAUUAGCAAAAACCAAAGAAGUAUUUGAAGAUAUAAAAGAAAAGGAGAAUUAUGAUAAAGGUGCAAAUGAAACAGUAAAACGUGAAGUUACUUCAUUUAAAGGGUUUCAAACAGCAAGUAAUAAAAAAGUGGUUAUAUCAGAAAAUGCACUGUCAAAAUGUAAACAGCUUUUUGACGACUUCAAUUUGAGUCAACUUAAUAACAAUUCUAGACCCAUAAUAGAUUCAUCUGAGUCACUAACAGCAAAAGUAAAUGAAGAAAAUGAAGUUAAGAAUAAACAAAUAAAUAACUUUGGAAAUUCACCAAGAAGUAGUACGAGUAAUAAGAAAGUUAAAAUAUCUGAUGAAGCUUCGCACACCAACAUCAAAAAGAUCUGGAAGCCCAAUUCUUUCUUGUCCUAG